CGCAAAAAAAAAAGCGAAAAAACACCCACAACUCACACACAAGCGCCGGCAAGCUUUUAUAUGUGCAUAAGCACGUGCAAAUGUGUAUGCGUGCGCAUUUCAAAAGUGAAUUGAUACCGCGGCGACAGCUUCAUUUCGACUUUAGUCCCACUUUUGAAUUUGAUUAUUUCGCAAUUUCAUUUCAUUUGGACCCGGAACGUCUUUAAGCGCGCAACGCUUGUCGGUUCGUCGUCGUUGUUAUCAAAUGUAUGUAUGUAUAUGUGUGCAUAUAUACUCGCACCUCGGUCUGCUGAUACGUAGUCGUAGUUCCGCCGAAGGCGUGACCUUACGAGGCGGCAAUAACGCUACAGAACUUAAUUUCAUAUGCGCCGUGGCAGUUAAAAAACAACAACAAUAACAAAUAGCUGUUUUUGAGUGUAUAAAUUCAUCUAAAGAGACAGACUUACGCGUGUUUAUGUUAUGUAAGUUGUUGCCACUUAGCAAGUUUGCAAAACGCAAUUUCUUUGGGCGCCGAAAUUUUGUUUCAUAAGGUGUUUUUGUGUAUGUGUGUCAGCCGUAAGACCGGCCAGUGAGUUCAUUGGUUUUGUUAUGAAAAUGUGAUGUAAACAUAAAAAUAUAAAAGAGAAAUAUGUACGAGUACAAUAAACCGAUUUAAAGUAUUUCGGUUAAUAAUAAAAUUGCACAUAAAAAUUCUUCAAAGAAGCUUGUUGUAUAAAAAAAUACUAAAAAUUUAAUUAAAAAUAAUUUGUAUUAAAGGGUAGCGGUUAUAAUACAUUCCAGCAACUACAGACAUACAUACAUAUAUAUAAUAUAUACAACAACACCAAUUUACAAACAUACGCGAUUCGCACAGCAGUCGCAUAAAUACAUACAUAUAAACAAAUCUAGCAAAUAUUCGCAAAUUAAUCGAGCAGACAAAUUUUUGUGCCAUGAAAAUGCCGCAAACUGAAGAUGAGGUUAAUGAAAAGAUUUACGAUCAUCGCAUCAUGCCGGAUUGGUCGAAUGUGGUCAACGAAACAAAUGGCACAAUGCACUACUCGAAGGAUAUGAUCUUCAAUGAUGGGCAUCGCCUCUCCAUAACAGUUUACAGCAUCCUACUUGUGCUCUCGUCGAUCGGCAAUUCCACAGUGUUGUAUUUAAUCGUGAAGCGACGCUGGCACAAUCGUACGCGCAGUCCGUCCCGCAUUGAUAUUAUGUUGAUGCAUUUGGCUAUUGCUGAUUUGAUGGUGACUUUUCUACUAAUGCCGUUGGAGAUAGCGUGGGCGUAUACGGUGCAAUGGCGUUCCACCGAUUUCGUCUGUCGCACAAUGAGCUUUUUCCGCGUGUUCGGCCUGUAUUUGUCAAGUUUUGUGCUAGUCAGCAUAUCGAUAGAUCGAUAUUAUGCCAUUUUGAAACCGUUGAAAUUCUCAACAAAUCGCGGUCGUAUUAUGCUAGCAAUUGCAUGGAUUGCAUCGGUAAUCUGCAGUACACCGCAGGCAUUUGUAUUCCAUCUGGAGCAGCAUCCGAAAGUAAAAGGCUACUACCAGUGCGUUACAUUCCAUUCCUUCCCCACUGAACUACACAAACUAAUCUAUCAGAUCUUGAAUAUGUGCGCCAUGUACGCCUUCCCAUUGGUAACAUUCAUCUAUUGCUAUGGCCGAAUCUAUUUGGAGAUCUAUCGCAAGAGUAAGCGCAUGGUUAAGGGUGAUGACAAAAAUGGUUUCGCCCGUUUCCGACGUUCCAACGAUGAUGUGUUGGGACGCGCUAAAAAGCGUACGCUAAAAAUGACUAUAACAAUUGUGAUCGUGUUUGUGAUCUGCUGGACGCCAUAUUAUAUUAUGUGUUUGUGGUUUUGGCUUGAUAAAACUUCUGCAAAUAAUGUGAAUCCGCUGUUACGUAAAAUACUCUUCAUAUUCGCAUGCACGAACUCGUGUAUGAAUCCGUUGGUCUAUGGCGUCUUCAAUAUACGAGGCAAAACGCAUAAUAAUACGUCUGUUCAUAAUCGGCACACAUCGCUCUCCAGUGGCGGCCGUAUGGCUAUGAAAGAACGUAACGGCAGUGCACAUACCGUUGUCACAUUACCAGCGGUGAUCAAUGGCAGUUCUGGUGAUACCAGCAAUGUGACACAAAGCACCACACUCUCAAAUGAUAUAUACACCAUAUCGAAAAUCGCAGAAGAUAUAGAAAAAGAGAAACCACCAAAGAUUAUAAUAAGUGACUCAAUUGAAUUGGCGCAUGCGCCAAAGUCGCAUUGAACUCUGAACGAAUUUAAUUUUUAAGUGAUAUUAAUGAGAAUCGUCGUACGGUUGGCUAAAUCCACGAAAAAAAUGGGGAAAUUUUUACUUGCACAUAUCUUCAUAAAUACAAUACAUAAAUAUGUAUGUAUGCACAUAUAUGUAUAUGUGUGCAUGCAAUUAAGUUAUUUUGUACCUUCAAUAUAAAGAAAAUAAGGUAUUUUUAUUCGAAGCUUUCUGUCGCCCGUUAAAUGACAUAUGUAGCAUACAAGUAUGUAUGUACAAGUGGGUAUCCAUCUGCAUAUGUUGCGGAGGGUCUCUUUUAUAUUGACCGCUAAUUAUAUACUUUUGCUCAAACUUAAUUAUAUUGUAUGCUAUGUUAGUUGUGGGUUAAGUAAAUUAUAUACACACCUAUCCAAUAUGGUUGGAUAUGCUGAAGAUGCCUAUUGAAUUAUGCUAAUUAUGUAGUGUUAAGAAGUAUGUUUGCAUGUGUUUUUGUAGUAGUAGCUGUUUUGCUGGCGUUUGUACUAGUUUAAGCUUGAACUUAAUUUAAUUUAUUCAUAAUAAAUUUUGGAAAAAA